CCGCGCUCAACGCCACUCGAAUCUCCUCACCUCCGCCGCCGCCGCUGCCCCGCCGUCGCGGCGCCAUGCUCCACCUCCGGCAGCGCGCCCUCUCCCAUCUCCUCUCCGCCGCACCAGCUCCUUCCACACUCCCUCUCCUCUCCCUCCACCGCCUCCUCUCCGCGGCCGCGGCCGCCAUUUCCGCGAACCCUGGAUUCGCCGUCGAGGACUACCUCGUCGGCACCUGCGGCCUCACCCCUGCCCAGGCACUCAAGGCCUCCGCCAAGCUCUCGCACCUCAAGUCCCCAUCCAAGCCAGACGCCGUCCUCGCAUUCCUCGCCGGCCUCGGCCUCUCCGGCGCUGAUGUCGCCGCCGUCGUCGCCAAGGAUCCGCAGUUCCUCUGCGCCGGCGUGGAGACAACCCUGUCCCCCGUCGUCGUCGGUCUCACCGGGCUCGGUCUAUCCCCUUCUGAUAUCGCGCGCCUCGUCUCGCUCGCCCCGGGACAAUUCCGCCAUAGAUCCGUCGUCUCCAAGCUGGAGUACUACCUGCCGCUCUUGGGCUCCAUCGACAACUUGCUCCGGCCGCUCAAACACGGCUCCGGCUUCCUCGGCUCCCACCUCGAGAGGGUGGUCAAGCCCAAUGUGAAGCUCCUGGCAGAGUGCGGGCUAGGUGCUUGUGAUAUUGCCAAGCUGUUCAUUCAAAUACCGAUGAUCAUCACCGCCAGCCCAGAGCGUGCCCUGGAGAUGGUCGCGACCGCCGAACGUAUAGGUGUGCCCCGUGGCUCUGGGAUGUUUAGGCAGGCACUGCAUGCUGUCGCAUUUCUCAGCGAGGAGAAGAUUACUGCCAAAGUGGAACAGUUGAAGAAGACAUUGAGGUGGUCGGAUGCCGAUGUUGGCAUUGCUGUGUCCAAGUUGCCGACUCUGCUGAGACGGUCAAAGGACGUGCUGCAGCUCAAGUCCGAGUUCCUCCGCUCUAAGGUGGGCUUGGAACCGGCGUACAUUUCUCAUCGACCCGCUAUGCUCACUUACAGCCUGGAGGGCCGGCUCAGGCCCCGGUACUAUGUUAUGAGGUUUCUUAAGGAAAAUGGAUUGUUAAGUCACGGCAGAGACUACUAUGCUAUGGUCUCGAUCAGCGAGAAGGUAUUUGUGGAGAAGUUCAUAUGCCCUCACAAGCAAGCUGCACCACACCUUGCUGAAGACUAUGCAGCUGCUUGCACAGGACAGGUGCCUGCUACAUUCAGAUUUACAUGAACCAGGAAGCAGGAAAAUGGAUUGCUAGAGCGCGAGUGGAACUACUAUUCAGCAGCCUUGGUGACAGAAAAUUUUCAUGGAAAAGUUCGUAUGUCCUCACAAGGAAGCUGCCCCCACCUCGCCGAAGACUGUGCUGCCACUUGUAGGGAAGUGCCUUCUAAUUUCAGAAUUACAUGACCAAGAAUGGGCCAUGAGAACUGCGUAUGGCGCAAAAAUGUUUACACUAUGUGUAGUGAGCUGGUAAUCUCUGUCUGUGUUCAUUGCCCGAGUGGAUGUUGGUUGUCUGCUAUAGUAUGUCAGGUACAUGCUUAUUUGACAUCGCUCGUCCUGAAUGAAACUGAUAAUUUUAUUGUUAGUCCUUGUAUGUCAAUCAACCAAUCUUGGUGGUUGGGGCCUUGCUAUACCACACGUGAUUCUCAAGGCUCUGUUAGUUGAUGACGCUCUGAAGCUUCCUUCAGUAACAAGUACUCCUACUUUUAUGACCUGACGUGUGCGGGGUUUUUACUCAGAGAAGCUCCUACUUUUCUCUAUCUGAAUUUUUCUAGUUUGGUAAUCCUUCUCGUAUUGUAUGUCCAUUACAUCAUUCAGUGGAGAAGAAAGAUACACUGCAA